AUGUUGCAGCCCUUCAGGCGUGGAAUUUCUGGAGGGGAUUUCCGACAAAGAGCCUUGACAAAGCUAACAGUUAUCAACUCCCUCCUUGGACAUCCCUUCCUUCAGAGUUUACACAUAAAAGUUGGAGACAAAGCUGAACUUACGAAAGCUUUUACACAGAAUGAUGUGGUUACUUUUUCUGAUUUAACAGGUGACACAAAUCCUUUGCAUUUAAAUGAAGAUUUUGCAAAGAAAUCUAGGUUUGGGAGAACUAUUGUACAUGGAGUUUUGAUCAAUGGACUUAUUUCUGCAGUUCUGGGUACUAAAAUGCCCGGUCAAGGUUGUGUAUUUCUUUCUCAGGAGAUCCGAUUUCCAGCUCCUUUGUAUACUGAUGAAGAAGUCAUAGCUGCAGCGGAAGUUAAACGACUGAAGGGUUCUAUUGCGCACAUUUCAGUAUCAUGUAAAGUCAAAGAAAGUGAAAAGACCGUUAUGGAAGGGAUGGUGAAAGUCAUGGUGUCAGACAGUCAGAGCUGUUGA